AUGACAAACAACAGUGAUCAAACACCACCCAACCCAAAUAACACUCCUCUCACCGGAAACCAACGACCUCCCAUCACACCUGUAGCCCUGAACUUCGACAGCAGCCCCGAAGGCCUCUUACCGACCCCUAAAGAGCAACAACAGAUGCUGUUAAAGUGGAGAGAGGAACAAGCCGUCAAGGCCCAGACGUCGAGGGAGAACGAGCAAAGAGCGGCCCGACUAGCCAAGAAAAGGGAGGCCGGUGAAUUGAGGCUGAAAGCCCUCCGGUUGCAGAGAGAGGAGAUCGAGUUGCAAGAGAGAGUCCUCAGGGAGGCCCUCGAAGCCGAAAACGUGAUCGUUAUGACCAAAGGAGAAGGGCAACCCAUGAAGAGGAACCGGGAAGACCAAGACGGGUCUUCGGACUCUGAGUCGCGUUCCCGAAGGUCGAGACACCGACAUAUAACCCCGUCAGAUUCUGAGGAGGCCGAAGAGGGUCCCCACACGAAAGACCGACUGCGCCGAAUGGAGAAAGUUAUGUUCGGAGACAAAAAGUUAACUCACGAGCCGGUUGUAGUCGAGGAGAUCGAGCAGUUCCGACCACCACCAGGGAGGCAGUUCCCGAAGAUGACCGAAUUCGACGGCCAGGAAGACCCGAUUGACCACUGUGACAAGUACGAGUCCCUCAUGACGGGUAUGGGCCACUGUGAUAUUAUGUUAUGCAAGAUGUUUAAGACCUAUCUGAAGGGAUCAGCGACAAUGUGGUAUCGGUCCCUAAGGCCCAGGUCGGUCAGCUCGUACGAUCAGUUGAAGAAGAAAUUUUUGAGGCACUAUUCCCAUCUAUGCCGAAGGGUGAAAGAUACCGAAGCACUCAUCCAUUGCAGGCAGAGGCCGAACGAGGAGUUAGGGGAUUAUCUGGCCCGGUUCAAGGAGGAAGCAGGGAUGAUCACCAACUUAAACAAAGUCAAAGCUGCAGGAUUCCUAACGGCGGGCUUAGACCCAAUUAAAGGUAAAAAGCUCCGGUCUUCUCUUUACGAUAUACCGCCCAAAUCCUUGGAUGAUAUCUAUCUGCGUGGUGAAAGUAUUCGUAGAAAGAUAGAAACCGUGGGCAGCCAUGAACCGUAG